AUGGCAGAUGCAGCAGUAGAUACGAAUUCCACAAGUCAAAAAGCUGUAGCAAGUAAAAGCGAUACAAAUACUAAUCCAGGACAAAUACUAAAGUCUGCUGUAUGGACAGUAGAUGGUAUAGUGAAAUUCGUUCAAAAUGAAAUACUUUGUGCCCAUAUAAAGGAUCGAACUCAUGUUAUUUGUGAAAAUGAAGAAAUAGCCAUUGGAGUAGUGGUUUUUUUCGUUUCGACCGUGAUUAGUAUCUUAUAUGCCAUUAUUUCUAGAACUAUUAAAUAUGCAAAAAAGUUACGCAGACGUAAAAAACGCUUUAAAAGAAAAAGAAUAAGAGGAGCAUUAGAAGGAUAUGAAGACGACGAUGAAGAAUACGAUGAGGAAUAUGAAUACCAUGAUGAUGAAGACUGUGAUGACGAAGACAGCUAUGUACAUGAAGCGAAUUCAUUACAAGGAUUAAUACAUGCAUGGCUACGACCUAAUGACCAAAGGCAUAAACAUCAAAUUUAUCAACACCUAAUGCACCAAGGAACAAUGCUACCACCACAAAUAGUGCAUCCAUCAAUGCUACAACCACAAAUAGUGCAUGCAGUCACAAAUGCCACAACCACAAAUAGUGCAGUCACAAAUAAUGCAGCCACAAAUAGUGCAACCACCAAUGCAACAGUUACAAAUACCACAAUCAGAAAUGUCACAGUCACAAAUAGUGCAACCACCAAUGCAACAGUCACAAAUACCACAAUCAGAAAUGUCACAGUCACAAAUAGUGCAACCACCAAUGCUACAACCACAAAUAGUACAUCCUCAAAUCCAACAAGAACAAAUUCUUUCAUCGCGAAUAUUGCAUCCACCAAUACAUGGAAACGAAUUAGAUAA